AUAGGGGUGCUGUCUAUCUCAUUGACGUUUAAUAGGAGUUCUGUGUCUUAUGACCUGAGGGGGGCAGCAAUGCACUGGCGACAACCAAGAAGAAGAAGAAGAAGAGCAAGAGCGUUUGCAUGUCUGUAAACAAAAAUGGCGAUAAUGGCAGCGUGGAACUACAGGGUGUAUGUGUUCAGCUGUAUAGCGGCAGUUUAGCUCAAAAAGCGAAACGUUCUCCUCCUUUUUUUACGGCGCCGUUAAGGUUCCCAUUCGGAGGUAAUGCUCACUCGAACCCUAAUAACUUUCCGAAACGUCCACAUUCUGUGAAUAUGGGAGUGAACGGGAAAGUGAUUCCACACACCCCGAUGGCCGUGGACUUCUGGCAAGUCCGAAAGUGUCCCUGGAUCCGGCUCUUCUUCCUGUCCCACGUCCACAGUGACCACACGGUGGGCCUGACUUCCACCUGGACCAACCGACCCAUCUACUGCUCCCCAGUGUCCGCCGCCCUGCUCACCCUCCAGCUGCAGGUGAAAGAACAAUGGAUCCACCCUCUAGAGCUUGGUGAGCCACACAUGCUCCCUCUGGAUGACAUUGGCAAGGAGAAGCUGACUGUCACACUAAUAGAUGCCAACCACUGCCCGGGCUCCGUCAUGUUUCUCUUCGAAGGAUAUUUUGGAUCCAUCCUGUAUACUGGUGACUUCAGAUAUACCCCCUCCAUGCUGCGUGAACCUUGCCUUCGGACCAACACCACAAUCGAUGUACUGUACCUGGACAACACUAACUGUGACCCAAACCGCACCCUGCCCUCCAGACAGCAAGCCACUCAACAAAUCAAAGAGAUCAUCCGCAGCCAUCCCAACCACAAUAUUGUUAUAGGUCUCUAUGCACUGGGGAAGGAGUCCUUGCUGUUGGAGCUGGCCAUGGAGUUUAAAACCUGGAUCGAGGUAAGCUUAGAGAGAAUGAAUAUGCUCAGCGCGCUGGAGCUCCCUGAUGUUUUCACCACUGAUCCAGGAGCUGGCCGCAUUCAGGUUGUGGAUCAGUCACAGAUCACUUAUGCUGCUUUGCAUAAAUGGAACCAAGAACAAGCUACUUUGGCCAUCUUGCCUACCAGCAGGCCUGUGAUCUCCUUCCACCCCAACCUCCAUGUGGUUCCUUAUUCAGACCACUCCUCCUACCGAGAGCUGGAGGAUUUUGUCUCCGCGCUCAAACCGACCUCUCUGGUACCCAUCGUGGGAAACUGCGUGCCUGGAAGCCUGUCUGACCUACUGCCCAGCAGAAAGCGCCAUGAAAUCCUGGUGCCUGAGUCAGUCCAAAACUACAUGAGGAGAUUGCCUGAGAUCGAGCUCACAACAUCUGAAUUAAACAGCCUGCGCAACAGACACUUCUUUCCUGUCAUUCCAAAGGGGGUGGUGUUUGAGUCUCCUGUAAGGAGAUCAGGAGAUACCAGGGACACAGAGGGUCUGGAACUCAGUGUUUCAGAUGAAGAGAUGGACUCUGAAUGUGUUGUAAGCGACUGUGAUGCUAUCAGCCCGAAUAAGAGCCCCAGUCCCAGUAAAAUCAGAAAGGUUGGGGACAUGUGGGGCAUCAACAUUGUCCAGAUGGUCAAUGAAGAAAUGGGGAUGUCAGAGUCAGUACCACUCAGUCAAAUCACCCAGAGCAACUUUUGUCCAGUGGAGAUCCUGAGAGACAAUAAACCCUACAUGAAGCGUGUUAAGACCUCUAGCGGCUCUUUGGACUCUGAUGCCACAGUAAUCAGUGAUACUGCGUCAGAUAAAAACAAGAAUCUUCAUGGAGUUGGUGAGAGUGGCAAGAUGACGCCGAAUGACAAAAAUGAACACAGAACCAAUGAGUAUGAGGGAAUACCAUUAACACAGUACCACUCUGGUAGCGAUUCCUGCACAUCAUCCUGCGAACUGAAGGACAGUUAUGUAGAGGAGCUUGAAAACAGUCUUUUGCUGAGUCUCCCAUUCACAGAUGAGGACUUCAAAGUGUGGGGCUCCUUGAAACAGGGUUUUGUGCGACAGUUCCCCCUUUCACUUCUACACAAUGCAAACAAAACAAUCCACAUGGGCACAUAAUGUGAGACACAUAACCUUUUGCCAUCCCUUAAAUGUUGCUUUAGUAUUGUCACUUUUUUGUGCUGGUAAGUUCGUCUCCAAACGUUUGAGAAACAUGGUUAUCACAACGAUCUUGGUUGGUGCAGUGAAAUCUGUUGCUCUUGGGCAGUGAGAUCACUCUCACACAAAGAACAAACACCAUUUAAUGCUGCUUUCCCCUUGUUCAACAAGUGGUCUGUAACUACCUGUAAAUGUAUUCCAGCUUACACCAGUCCAUGAAUAAUAUAGUGUGACACUGUCACAGUAAACAUGUUAAUGCCAAAUACUGCAUAAUGGGACACGUGUCCUUGAGCAACUGAAAAAUAAAGUGUGAUGGAUUUUUUGUUUGUUUAUUUUUUAACAGGGUUCUGUCAUAGUCACAAAUCUCAGUUGAGUUUGUGUCAGAACAACCAAAAAAAAAACAAUUUUUUUCCUCCCCUUAUUUUGUGCCUCUUAAUUUAUUUUACUUUUGAACAGUAGGUUUCAGGACUGUUGUCAUAUGGGCAGUAUGGGCUAAAAUUUAUACCACAGUAUUUUUCACUUUUUUAACAGUGAUGGAAAUUAUAUGGUGUUACAGGGUUCCUGUGGAUUCCUAAAAAGUUUGUAAAUUUAAAAAAAUAAGGUCUCAGUUGGCAUUAAAUGUUCUUAAAUUAUUCUUUCAAAAGUUUUACAAAUGCCAAGACAUAGGAAGUAGGAUUUUAUUCAUAUUUUCCUGACAUUGCAAUUAAAACUAUUAAAGUAAAUGGCAAUACCUUAUUUUUUAAAUAAUUCUGUGAAAUCCUCUUGAUGCCAUGCAAAGCGAGAGAGCGGAACCAACAAAUCUCGUUUGUUGACAGAACACUCAGAGAAGACGCACUUUCAACCAACGUCUGUAAUGUCAUGGCAAAAUGUAACUCUAAUCAGGAAAGAUUUUGUAGUGUUGUGUAAAUCACUAACCACGUUCUAUGUUACAAUAUGUAUUUGUCCAAAUUUAUCAGUAACCCUCAGCCAUUUAUAUGGUGUUCCACCCACCCACCCCCCCCACCCAUUUGUGGCUAUUAAAUUUCAUUGUCAUUUCAAAAAAGUUUUGAUCCUGUCUUGCCUCAAGCUGUGGGAACUGUGUAUUGCUAGUUUUAUAUUAUAGGACCCCUUUAAUUUUGCACAAUCAUUUUAAUAAGAGUUUAACUUGGACUGUUUGCAUUUUCAAAAAUCUGCUCCUUCACAGCCAAAAUCUAAAAAAAAAAUCACCAAUCAAAGAUUUGUACAUAGUUUGAUAUAACUAAAAGGUCAGUGGCUAUGUUUAAUUAAGGACUCAAUUGUUAAGUCUUAAACAGCACAAAAAGUCUGCUAGUUCACACAACUCAAUCAGUUUAAUAAUUUCCAUGAAUGUUGAGUUGUAAUAAAAAUGAUUUUAAGUCUGUUGGCUCAGGGGAGAGAUUGAUGGCUGUACAAGACCACCAGCUCAGUCUCUCAGCGUUGCCAUACUAAUCAGAGGUGUGCCUAAAUGAUUACUGGUCUCCAAAUUAAUGGAUAUUUAGUAUUAUUUUUCAUUACGUAAUUUGAUAUUUUGGGGAUAUUAUUGUAGGGAAAAAACUGAUUUAUGACAGUUUUGAAGGUAUUGUACAGUCACACUGGCGAUAACUGACACCAGUGUACCGCCCAUCCCUAGUUUUCAUUCAUUUUGACUUUUAAUAAACAGCACUGAUUAAGUAUACAGUAAUUUUGGUUAUCGUCAUGACAUCUGUGUUAUGUGGCAAGUUGAGUACAAGAGUAUGCCACCUUACUUUGAAAUGGGAAGAGUAAAACAUUUUUUCUUCCCCCCAUUAACAUGUUAGUAAUCAUUCAGCACAAUCACGUUCUUCAGUUGUCGAAAGUAACAAAAAUGUACAAAGUGUAUAAAAAGAAAGCUCUAGUGAGAUAUUGAAAAUUACAUAAAUCCAAAAGUUUGUAUCCCCCUUUAUGAAAUGUUCCCUAAUGCUUUCUAUUUCCUCAGUUUGUCUUUAUAAUCCCCUCCAGCCUUUUUGGGUCCCUCUGAGCAGAAGAAAUAUAGAAAUAUAUCUAUGCAUCCUAUAUACGUAUAAAAUGCCUUGUUUGUGCGUGUGUGCAUGCGCAGCCCAUGUAUGUACUGUGGGUGAGGCCACGUAGGACUUGUAAAACAAAUGAAACUCAAACACAGUCAAGCUGACCUUGGUUCAGGUGUUAAUUAAAUCACAUUUUGGGGGUUGAGUGGUGGUUCUUACAGCUGUUUUUCUUUUGUAUGGCCAUUAAAAAUUAUGAUCUACUUGUUUAUUUCCUCAGCAAUCAUGGAUUAACUCAACAUCCUCAAGCUUCCCGUAGCUGCUACAAACGCUAACACCUUUAUGACAUAUUAUGACAUGAUAAUGUCAUUUGACACCAGUACCGGUGCACGUAUGUCUUUUAUCAUCUGUUCAGAGAAUUAACCAUACAACAAGCCAUAAUAUAAUAGAUAUUUGAAGAAAAAUGGUUAAGAAAAAAAGACAGGCCUACUCCAGCUUCUGGAGAACUGCAGUGUCAACACGAGCAAAAACAAAAUGGGGGGAAAAAAGCAUCAACACAUGAGCUGUCACUCAAGGCAGCUUUAGCACUAUGCAGUCUAAACAACUGGUCAUAGAAAUCCAAACAGUAUGGUACUGUACGUUAAAUCUGUCUGGUGUAGACAGUCCUCAAAUACUGAGUAAUCAUGCAAGGAGGACACUAGUGAGGGAACCCACCAAGACACCCAGACAGCUCUUAAUGGGUUUAUGGGCUUCUGUGGCUGUGACUGGAGGAACUGUGCAUUGUGCAAUUUUUAUCUAUCAGCAGUUACGCAGCUGGAGUGGAAUCGAGAAGGAUUUUCCUAGAGAUCUGAAAUUUCAGCUGCAGUUUCUUGGAAGUCAUGUGGGACAUAUGAGACUAGAUUGAAUAUUGGUUUCUUGUAUUAAAAGAAGGUUUUAAAGGCAAAGUAUUUGUGAACAUUUCACAUGGGAAUGCAAAGUUUUGAUUUGAUGUCAUUUUGUUACUUUAACUUUCUUUGUAUACAGUCUGCAUAUAUGAAGAAUGAGAAUUUGUAUGACUUGAGUGGACAUUGAACGUUACAUUGAUAGGGGCGACCACAUCUGUUUUACUGUUUUUACCAUUUCAAAAUACGUAGAUGUGUGUGUGUGUGUGUGUGUAUAUAUAUAUAUAUAUAUAUAUAUACAGGAUAAGUCCAUUAAACAGAAACUGCUCAUUAAUGUCAGUUGUUUUCAUAGAAACAGCUCCAGCCUUCAAUAUAUUUGGCAGGUUUUUAGAGAGAAAAGUAUUUGGUAAAUCACUGUGUAUUUUGCUGUGUUGUUAUUUCCCAUUUCAUACAUUGGCCACACAAAAAAUUGUGCUGCUGUUGUUUUCUAACCACUUCUAUCUGUAGAUGUAUUAUUGUACAUAAAGCAGCUGUUUGAAGCUCUGCUGCCCUCAGUGGGAUUUGACAAGCCCCUUGACUUAAUUAUUUGCCAGGCUCGCUUGUUGGUAAAUUUUUGUUGUCUUUUUGUUUUUUUUGUGUGUGUGUGUGUGUGUGAGACAGAUAAUGGAAUAUUUAUUGUGAUGCACAGCGUGUAUACAUUUAUAUUUUAUUUCUGGUGUCUCCACAGAAUGAAGAUUUUGUGAAAUGCUCAGUGAAGCACAAGCUGUAUUAUCUGUGAUAUGUGAAAUAAAUGUAUUUGUUGUCA